GGUAUGACCGUCAAGAUGAUAUUGUGGCCGGAAAUUCCACCACCUCCCUCAAGUAUAGGACUAGGUAUGCCAGGCCCUCUCCUACCUGUCCCUGAUCGCGGCGUACUGGAACCCUGACUGACACUUUAUGUAUAGCACCUCCCAAGAAACAGCAGCAGAAACUGUCCCUGGGGGACUUUCUGACCAACCAAGGUAUGUGCCAACUUCCCCAACCGACAUGACGUCCUUAAUUAACGACAUGCAGCUGUGGGAUCAUGGGCCGAUGACAUGGAGGAUAUGCCCCCAGCUAUCAAAAAGAGGCGUGGAGUUGCCAAAAAGGCAAGGAAAUCUACGACGAGUUACUCAGGCCCUCCCCUACCUGUCCCUCUCCCACCGCCUCCUCCGCCUCCUCCGCCUCCUCCGCCUCCGUCUCAUCCGCCGAUGCCGGGCCAAGACAUGGUCGUCGUCAAUCACCAUCCGUCGCGGAAAAAGAAACCAGCGCCUUUACCGCAGUUCCUCAGGUGGACAACCGGCGGCGCGGGUAAGAAGGAAGUGAAGACCAAAAGGGCCGCAACAAAGGCAAAUACAGGAUCUAACCAGCCCGUGCCAGGACGCUCUCGAAGUCCUGUGGGAGCGCGACCUCCUUCCCCCUCUCUGGAGGUGGAACCCGAUCAAGGCAAGGCGGUGCUCGAGCUAGGAGAGGCAGACCGCGAGCGGAUCUUUCGCAAUGACAUUGAACCUACAUCGGUAGCUCGCUCCAAAUACCAAUUCGAAGCUACCUCUUCGGAUGACGAGCUUGAUAGCGACCCGGUUGCAUUCCACGACGCUGCGGCGCGACUAAACGCACUAGCCAGAGCCACCGACCAAGAGGCUUCCGUACAGAACACCCGUGUCUCGCGACUCGUCUCCAAAACAGAUAGAGUCGAUGACCACAUCGCUCCCGUAAGCUCACUUAUCCCUGUCUCUUUACCCGUUUAGAAAAACUUGCUAACAUACCGAGGCACAGAACCGACAGCGACUUGAUCGAACCGGGGAUGAUAUUCCCAGACGACCCCGAAUAGCUGCAUCUGGCACGCACACAAAAGCCGACAUCUUCGAAGCGAAAAUCGCCGCAGCCGUCGACGACACCACCAGUGACGA